CCCUACCCCUACCAACGCAGCAGACAGCUUCCUUCCCGAGCAGAGCAGAUAAAAAACUCAUCUCUCUCUCUCUCUCUCUGCGUGCUCCGUAUGGACAAACAAAGAAUUUUCACACUUACAGAGGUUGCUCAACACAAGUCCAAGAAGGAUUGCUGGCUCGUCAUCCAUGGCAGAGUGGUGAACGUGACAAAGUUCCUGGAACAACACCCGGGAGGAGACGAUGUGUUGAUGGAGUCGGCCGGGAAGGACGCAACCAAGGAAUUUGAAGAUAUCGGCCAUAGUCGUGCCGCUAAGAAGUUGCUCCGCGACUACCAGGUAGGGUUUCUCCAAGGCUACAAAAUUGUUCAAGAAGAAGAAGAUGCUGAUGAGGUUGCUCCCAAUAAAUCCAAGAGAAAAGAGGUGAAAGCGUUCGUGAUCGACGACGAUUCACAGCCCAAUCACGAGUUCUUUAUCGACUUCUUGCCGCCUCUGAUCGUCGCCUGCUCCUACUUGGCUUACCGGUACCUCACCGGAGCUGCCCAAUUCACCUCUUAAUUAGAUGGAUUUGGAAAGCCUAUUAAAUAAAUCUUCUAUCUUAAAUUCAAAAAUUUCUAUAAUAUAUGAUUGCUGCUUUGAUGAUA